GGUAUUUUAUUUUAUACAAGUUUAGAACAUAAUAGCCAUGUGUGGUAGGACAGCUUGUACACUCAAUGCUGAUGAUAUUAGUAAGUCAUCGAGAUAUCGGGACAAAAGUGGAAAGGAAAAAGACCCAGAAUGGAAAUUGAAUAAAGACAAAUAUAAUCCAAGUUACAACAAAGCACCUCAAUCUUACUGCCCAAUAUUAAUCAAUGAGAAACAUCUAUCAGAUAAUGUGAAAGUGGAAAAUAAUCGUGUAAUAGUUGGUAUGAGGUGGGGGUUGGUCCCUAAUUGGUUCACAGGUGAGAAUGUGAACAAGAUGAGCUUUAGUAUGAACAACGCACGUAGCGAUACAAUGCUUGAAAAAAGAUCUUAUAAUAUCCCGUUACGAAAAGGACAGCGCUGUGUGGUGCUUGCUGAUGGUUUUUAUGAAUGGAACACAACAAAAGAUGGGAAACAACCCUACUAUAUUUAUUUCCCACAAGAUUUAACAAAGACUGCAGAAACUGCUUCAGAAAACGUGGAAACCGACAAAAAGUUGCUGACAAUGGCCGGCAUAUUUGAGAAGACGUUCCAUGAUGGUGAAGACUUGUAUUCAUUCACGAUUAUCACUGUUGAUUCACAUCCUCAAUUCUCUUGGCUUCACCAUAGAAUGCCUGCAAUGCUGGUUAAUGAUGAUGAAAUACGAGACUGGUUGGACCAUGAGAAUAUACCGCUUGCUAAAGCUGUUGAACUGAUUGCACCAAAGGAUUGCUUGGCUUGGCAUUCAGUGUCAAAGUUUGUGAAUAAUUCAAGGAACAACGGACCUCAGUGUAUACAACAUGAAGCUGUAGCAAAGAAAAAGAAUGAAGGGAAGGCUAUGAUGAAAUGGUUAAGUGGUGGGGCAACCAAAUCUAAAACAGAGUCAAGUAAACCAGCCACACCACAAGUAAAAAGAAAAGCUUCCAAACCAAUGGAUAACUGGGUCAAAAAAGUGAAAAAGCAAUGAUGUUUUAUUUUUUGUUCUUUCUGUUUUGUUUUCUUAUUUUUCCGAUUUUCUUGCCUGCCAUUUUUCGUUUUUGUAAUUGAGUUCACUUACCUCAUUCAUUAAAUCAUUUUUAAUAAAAUAAUCAUUACAUAUAAA